AUGGGUGGAUGCUGUGCUUUUAAGUGCACAAAUAGCACCACAAAAGGCCAUCGUAUGUUGCGCGUUCCCUGGAACGCAGAAAGACAGAAGCAAUGGGCGAUUGCAAUCAACCGACUGGGCAAGGACGGCAAGUUUUGGAUGCCAUCGCUCAACAGCCGGCUAUGUAGCGAGCUCUUCAUCAGCGGAUCUAGCAGCGACGACCCAGCAAACGUGGACUACGUACCGAGCAUUUUCCGCCCCAGCCAGAAGCUGAGCGAGAAAUGCGACAAGGCGAUUGAGAGCCACAAACGCCGAUGCCGUGUUGCCGAAAAACGUAGCACCGCUGCGGCGGCCGCCCCUGAACCAACCGCUUUGGAACAACAAGUUCCCGCAGAGGAUGGAACCGAAGUGGACAUGGACGUUGGUUAG